AUGGCAUUCAUCACGAUGGAGGACGCCAAGGCGUCCUUCAAUCUCUUUUGCUGCGUCUACGGCAUUGGCACGCUGAGCAUGCCCGGCAACUUUUCUCGCGCUGGCCCCGCUCUCGGAAUCGUUAGUAUGGUCUUCAUGGCCUUCGCCAACGUCUACGGGGCUACGGUCAUCUGCCGCGUGAUGUUGCUCGCGCCUACAUCGGUCAAGACGUACGGCGACCUGGGCGAGUGGGUCCUGGGCACACGCGGCCGCUACCUCACCGUCGUCGUCCAAAUGGCCAGCUGCCUGAUCGUGCCGUGCGUGUUCCUGGUGCUCGGCGGGACGCUGCUGGACGGCCUCUUCCCGAAUGCCUUCAGCUCGACAACAUGGUCCGUUCUGAUGGCCGUCACCGUCAUGCCAGUAUGCCUCGUCCCCACUCUCAAGGAAGGCGCCGGCGUUGCAUUCGCGGACGUCAUCGGCAUCGCAGUUGUGGUGCACGGCAUGUGUGGCCAUCCGAGUGCUCCAGCCCCGGAACUUCAUCUCCAGCAAGUGAUUCGAGCAUUUGGAAGUCUGGCGCUCGCGAACGGGUCGGGCGUUGUGAUCCCUUCGAUCCACCGUCAACACAGCGACCCGAAACGCAUGCCCCGCGUCGUGGGGGUCACUAUCGGCACGAUCUCCGUCCUGUUCCUCGUCCUAGCCAGCACCGCGUACUCGGCCGUGGGCUGCCAGAUCUCCGGAUACAUCCUGUGGACGAUCUACCCGAGCUCGGCGACCGGCCUCACCUCGCUGGGCUUCUCGCCCAAUUGGGGCGCUGUCGUGCUGGCCUACCUGGCCAUGCAAGUCCACAUCACGGUGGCGUUCUCCGUGAUCCUCAACCCGGUGUUCUACCUCACGGAGCGCCUCGUGCUGGGCAUGCACAAACGUCCCGUUGCCGACGUCGAGAACAACCUUCUCAGCUACGCGGAAGUGUCCACGCCGGCCGAGAAGCCGUCACCUCGAUCCUUCUCCUCUGUCGCUGAUACUGAGAAAGUUCAAGUCGGCAACGCUGAGGCGGAAGCUGCCGAAUACCACGGCGCCAACGCCAUCAAGUACGUGGGCCACUUCUCGGCCCUUUCCGACUUCGUCGGCGCGUCCUGUAUCACGCUCAACUCCACCAUCCUGCCGAUCGUGUUCCUGCUCAAGAAGAAGUGGGGGAUCCUCCCCAUGUGGGAGAAGGUGGCGGCCCUGGCCGUGGUCGUCGUGUGCUUCUGCUUGGGCUGCUACGUGACGGUCCUCACAGGCGAAGAGCUCUUCACGCCCGUCGACGACGACACCGAGUUCCCCUACUGCGCACCGGAAUACGAGAACGUAGUGUACUACAACUAUACAGCUGCCCACGAGGGGUAG